AUGGAUGGACUGAUAUUCGUCGCCAUAUUUGUACCGCUGGACAUCUCAACGAUUGUUGUGAUGAUUGCUUUCUUGGUAAGAUCCAGUUUUGGGCUUUACGACAAUUUCUCUCUUGAAGCUAUACUCUCAUAUAAUAUCAACGACACGAUAGACAUGGCCGAACACGAGAAGUGUGUUUCGCUCCUGCACUUGGAGCAUUGCUAUUCCCAAGAAAGUUUGGGCUAAAGCAGAUAAAGUAUUCCAGUUUCUCAUGUUCUGCCACUCAACGAAUUGCAGAGGAUAUUUCCGACAAAGCAGUACGGAAGUGUAUAUGACAUUUCAUCCACAAAAGAGCUGGGUUCUUGCGCAGUGUGUCAAGAAUUGUUUAAUAAAUGGUAUAACGUCCGGGUCUUGGGAUGUGGUCAUAGCUUCCACACGCGUUGCAUUGAUCAUUGGUUUUGUGAAACUCAGCACGCUGCCCUCUAUGCCGAAGGGCAUGCCACAUGCCAAAAAUCAAAAGCCUAAAUCAUGUAGAGCGUGUACGUGACGCUUUGGGUUCUUCUUACUCACAGCUUUCUAAUUAUGCCAAAGCUCAAAUUUGGAUAAAGUUGUAUCCUGAUUUGGAGUUCGAAGCCCAAUCUGGCCUAGAACAUUUCAACAGUAAGACUUGCAAAAUAGUACGAAGACUGCUUUUCGUUUCCGACACCAAUUUAAUUUCAAUUAUGGUCAUCAAAUCUGGCCACAAGCGUUAUAAUCAUCUGGAUAGAGUAGCAAAUCAACAGCUUGAAAUGUAUCGAGAAAAAUGA